AUGUUUGUGUUGAUAAUGAUGAUGAUGAUUUUAAAUAUUUUUCAUUUGGAAAAUUUUCAAACAAACAAAACAACAAUGGAAUUUGAUCCAUCAAAAUAUUCAACAACAUCGUUCGAUUCGAUGGGACCAGCACUACAAUUGGUGAAAAUGAUCCAGAAACAAAAUGUUAAUAUAAAUCAGCCAUUAAGAAUCGUAGAUUUAGGAUGUGGUCCUGGUAAUUCAUCUAAAUUAUUGGCCGAUGCAUUUCCAAAAUCAACUAUAAUCGGUUUGGAUGUCGUACACGAAAUGAUUGAACAUGCAAAGAAAAAUUGUCCAAAUGAUCGUUGUAAAUUUUUUGUACAAGAUUUGAACAAACCAUUUGAUGAAUGGCAACAGGAGAUAAAAGAAAUAUUGUAUACAAAAUCAGCCGAUAUAAUAUUCUCAAAUUAUGCAUUACAAUGGAUAUUCGAUCCAUUCAUAUUAGGUGAUUCAAUCAAAAAGAUUUUAACACCAAAAACUGGCAUGUUUUUUGCCAAUAUAUUAUAUAGUGAUAUUCUAUCGGUUGUUGAUAAAAAUGAUCAACAUGAAUGUGCAAUGUUGGAACGUUAUCUUCGUUAUCCAAAUGAACAACAAUUCAUUAGUGAUUGGAUUUUUGGUCUUAAAAAUCGAAGCCAUCUACAUGAUAUUUGGAUCCAUUAUUGGCAACCAAGAUCUGUUUAUCCGGAAAAAUAUUAUCGUGAAUCAUAUGUAAAAUACCACUUAAAUGGCAUGAACAUUUCAUUGUUGAUGAUGUAUCGGCAGAUAUCCAUGCACGAAUGUCGGAAAUACUUAAGAAUUUAAUUCUUAAAAAACGUGUAAAACGUAUUAUACCCAGAAAUAUGAAUGGUAAACACGAUGAAUGUGAUUGUAAUGUUAAUGGCAACAAUCAUGUUAAAAAUGGUGAUAAUGAUGAUGGCGAAGUGAAUGAUAUUGAGAUUGAACAACAAGUAUGGACAAUUGUUGCUCGAUCAUCAAACGAUUCUUGUGUAUGUGUGUAUUAUGUAUUUUUUUUUUUUUUUUGCCCAAAUGAUAAUUAAUUUUCAAAUUUUUUUUUUUUAAAUUUAAUUUUACAACAAUGAAUACGGUACUGCCAUCUGUAGAUGGGCGAAUCAUGUAUUUACAAAAAUCUUUUCUAGAACAAAAAAAAAUGAUCAUCAUCAUUGGAAUAAAAAUAAAACGAUCCUGAAAU